AUGGCGUCCUCCGCGGGACUCCCCCCUAUCGGUCCCGACCGUGCGGCUUCAUCCCCCGGGCCUCACUCCGCCGGGAGGCCGCCUCUCCGCCCUCAUCUCUCCGCUCCGGCCCACUCCUCCCCGGGCUGCGUCUUGCUGGUGGAGUCGGUGGAUGACGCGGAGGGUCUGUCGGUGGCGGUGGAGCGGUGCCCCCUGUGCAGUUCGUCCCGCCGCAGGCUCACUUGUGCCCGCUGCGUGCAGGCCGGAGACUUUGUGUACUUCGACGGCAGGAACACGGAGAGAUACACAGAGAAGCUGCAGCGUCUAAAGGAGCUACAGGUGGAGAAGGAGCAGCUGCAGCACAGAGUGAUUCACCACAUGGACAGGAAGCUGCAGGCCGACCACAUGAAAUGGAAGAUCAUGUCUUGUAAGAUGAAGAUUGAGCAGCUGAAGGAGGCGGUCGCCGUGGGCAACGAGGAGGAAAAGAGCGAUAAGGAGCUGCUCCUGCGCUCCCAGGAGGAGUGUCAGCGGCUGCAGCGGCGUGCGGGCCGUCACCAGGAGAAACGGGAUAAAAUCGAGCGUCACAACCGUCGUCUUGGAGACCUGCUGGAACGACGCAGCCGGGAGCUGCAGAGCCGCCUGACUCAGCUCGCUGCUCUGAGACGAGAACACAUCCAGGAGCUCAGCACACACAUGUUCCCCCUGCAGGAGGAGAAGCAGGAGCGCAGAGACCCCGCAGAUGUGGUUGCAGAGUGUGACCCUGCACUGACCUCCAGCACGGUAAGCGAGCUGGCUGAGGCUCGUAGGACCACCUACCUUUCAGGACGCUGGAUCUGGGAUGACCAGAAUGGAGAAACCAGCAUCAGCAUCACUGGACCCCCUGUCAGCCUGCCCAGCAACGGAGACUGCUCUGCCUACUACACCUGGGUGGAGGAGAAAAGCACCAAUCAGGGUCCAGAGUUGGACCACAUUAACCCAGCUCACACCAUCAGCGCCGCUCUCUGCUACGCCACGCAGCUUGUCACCAUCUUGUCUCAUAUCCUGGACAUCAACCUGCCCAAGAAGCUCUGCAACAGUGAGUUCUGUGGAGAGAACCUGAGCAGGUACCGCUUCACCCGAGCUCUGAGCAAGCUCAACACCAACAUCCUGCACUUGUGCUUCUCUCAGCAUGUCGACAGUGAGAAGCUCCAUCCACAUCACACUCUAAGGAACAUCAUGUUUCUGGUUGCCCCCGACAACGACAACCUGGGCAGGACGGGACCAUUCGAGGUGAGUGCUGACCUGGAGGAGUCGAUGGAGUUUGUGGAGCCAGAGGCGGCAGGGCCAGCCGAGGAGAGCGGGGAUGAGGUUGUGACGGACGAGGAGACGGACCUGGGGACCGACUGGGAGACCGUGCCGAGUCCACGAUUCUGUGACAUCCCUUCACAGUCCAUGGAUCUUUCCCAGAGUGCUUUGCAGGUGUCCCAGCCCUCUGCUAACACCGGAGGUAUGAUAUCAUCAGCUGCAGCCUCUGUCACUUCCUGGUUCCGAGCAUACACCGGGCAGCGCUGAUUGGACUGAGCCUGACCAGGACCAGGGCAGGACAUGGACUGGACCGGACAAGGACAGUCCACUAACUGAGAGGAAGUUAAUGUGAGCAAUCAAACAGAGACACCUGAAGGCAGCAUGAUGCAUUUAAAGACACAGCAAUAAAGAUCAAUGAAGCAGAACCAGCCAAUUGCAGUGCUUCGUUUCACACAUGUUCACGCCUCUAAAAACGUUAUUUACACAUUUAACAGGAAAAAACCUUAAGGUCUUUACUUCAAACAUCAUCGUGUGUGUGUUGGCGCUAACUCAAAGAUCAUCUUGGAGAGAAGAUGCUCCACUCGGUUAUAAAACUGUAAAUCCACAGAGUUUUGUAGUCCAGAAGACUGUGACCGCCUCUGUAUAGAAGAUCUCUGUUUUUUUUUAAUGAAAAGUUCAGUUUUGUAGUUGUUAAUCAAAGCCUUGAUUGGAUCAGGAAAAAAUUAAUUAACAAUCUGUUCGAGGAUGAUGAUGUCAUCUUCAGAGAUCUUAAAAAUCAGCUGCGAUAAAUCAAAUAUGUUUUUAUCUCAUUAUAACAUGUUCAUAUUUAUAAAGGUUGUUAUUAUGGUCUGUCUGUCUGUCUGUCUGUCUGUCGGUCUGUCUGCUCGGUCUAAAGGGAAUCUUUCUGAUUUUAAGUAUAAUUUAGUUUUUAUUUGUUGUGUUGUCAGGAGCAUUGAUGGGCCUAGUGAUAAACAACGGUCGCCAUGGUGAUUGACCAUGGUUGCCAAUGUGAUAACAAACACUGUUUACAAACAUGAACUUUGAGAGAUGAUGACACCUGAAUCCAACCAGGACCACAGACGGAACCCGUCUGAGAUACUGGGAGGACCUUAAAGUAGGACAUGGACCAGUCUGGGCAAGUUUGGAUUAGUUAAACCAGUUUGGACCAGUUUGGAUUGGUUUGGAUCAGUUGCACCAGUUUGGAUCAGUUGCACCAGUUUGGACCGGUUUGGAUCAGUUGAACCAGUUUGGACUGGUUUGAUCUGGUAAACCAGUUGAGCCAGUUCAACCAGUCGAAACAGUGUAACAUGGGACUCUCGACAAUGACAUUUCCGUUUCUUUUUCUUUUUAAAUGAAAAGUUUUAAUUUGAAAUAACUUUCAUGUUUUUGACCUUUCAAAAUAAACUUUGAGCUGUGUUUGAGGUGAUUAAUGUAA